CAGAACCAUGGCACCUCGGGCUGCAGGCCUGGCUGCCUGGACUGCGCCAGCGGGUGUUGGAAAUGAGGGGGUGGGGCUGUCCUGGCAGAGGUGUCGCUGGUCUGGGGAGGGCCUUGGUGGCUGCAGCCCGCCACCCUGAGAGGUGUGUUGCCAGGAAGCAGCCCCGGGGGGAGGAAGCCAAGGCCUGGGCUCUGGACCAAGACAGUUUCUAGCCCCUUGUCGUUGGCUGGACAGGGCUGGUCCGGUCCAGUCCACUGUGGGGUCAGCCUGCCUUCAACCCCCAGGACUCCAGAAGUCCCACUCUUCUUCCUGGACACGCUGCCCCCACCCAGAGCCACUGACACCCCAGGUUGCACUCACCCCACCAGUGGCUCUAGGUGGAGGAUUCAUGAGGUGUUGAAGGCUGGGAGUGGUGGUGGGGACCCCCUCUCCUGAUGAGCCUGGACCGUCACUGCCCUGUCAGCCUGUGCCUCCUUCCUGGCACCCCGGACAUCCGGCCGAGGUCAGGCUUGGUGUUCCCUGUCCUGGGGGCGGGGAGGGCAGUGUGACAGGUCUGGUGGGAACCUGGCAUCCGGAGGGAGUGGCCCCACCACAGGCACCCUCCCAUGGGGAGGAGCACUUCGUAUCCAGCUGCAGGUAGGGCUAGGGUUGGGGUCAGAACAGGCAAGGAAGUGCCAGCCAGAGGGAGGAAGCACCAGCGGGUGGGAAGAGCCUGCUGGCCCGCUGGGGUCUGUCACUGCGGAGUCGACUCCUGGGCUGCUGGCCACCUAUCCUGAAGCUUCCGUCCUGUCCUUCAUCUGCCUUUCCUGUCUGUCUUCUGUGGUCUCCCCAGGGUCUGUCUCUGCCCAGCUCUCCUGGGAGUCCCUGUCUCUCCUCUCCACGCCUGUCUGGGGUCCUUCCUGGGGUCACUCAGGUCCACCUGGCUCUUGGCUGGGCCGUCCCCCAAGUGUAGCUCAGAAUCUGCGGUGCUCCCUGUCUGUCCCUGAUGCUCUUCAGAACCCCUCUGGGUCUCACCUGCCUGUGUGUCCAGAUCCUCUACCUGCACGCUCCCCUUCUCGGUCCCGACUCCGUCUCCUUGCCUACUGGGCUCUGCUCCCCUUUCUCUGGACGCUGCUUCCCUGUGUAGGGUGAUCCUUCCAGAGCCCAGCCCCUGACCCUCCCCAGACCCCCUCUGCCGUCUCCCCCCGGCCCCUUCGCUGCCUGACCGCCUUUCCCCGCAGGCCGGGUCCAGAUGCCCUGCCCUCGGCCGCCCUGGCUCCGCCGCCCCCGGGUCCCCCUGGGCUCGGAGCCCAGCAUCCCGGGCUCGCCGUCCACACCCCGGUCCCCCGGCAGGGGGGAGGACGAAGACGAGGGUGAUGAGGAGGAAGGGGACGGCAGCCGGGGACCCAUCCUGCCGCCCGCGUCCCCCGUGGAAUGCCUCAUCUGCGUGUCGCCCUUUGACAGCGUAUUCAAGCUGCCGAAGUGCCUGGACUGCAGCCACGUCUUCUGCCUCGAGUGCCUGGCUCGUCUGUCUCUGGCCACGGCGGGCGGCGGCGACGCGGUGGCCUGUCCCGUGUGCCGCGCGCCCACGCGCCUGGCCCCACGCCGCGAGCUGCCCGCGCUGCCCACGCAGCUCGGCCUGCUGCCCGGCUCCGCACGCGCCCCGCCGCCGCGCCAGGGCUCCGUGCGCUUCGACCGCCGGCGCGGCCUGCUCUACCUGCGGCAGCCGCCGCCCGCGCCCGGACCGCGCAAGGCCCGCCCCCCGCCGCCGCCGCCGCCGCCGCCGCUGCGCCUCGGCCGCCCGCUGUCGCGGCCCCUGACGCUGGCCCGCUCGGCCUGGGUCUUCCACGCGGCCGUCGCCGUGGCCGCGCUGGUGGCCGCGGGCCUCGUGGUCACGGGCCUCUACAUCUUCUUCCUCAUCCCGCGCUCCACCACCUCCAGCCCCGCGCGGCCCCAGCUCGUGGCGCUCGCCCCGGCGCCCGGCUUCUCCUGGUUCCCGCCUCGGCCCACGCCGGCGGCGCCCUGGACCUCCGGCUGGAGGCCGCGCCCCGUGGGCCCUGACCUGGACGCCGCCCCGCCGGGGGCUGCGGAGGACGCGCUGGAGCCCGAGGGGGUUCCCGAAGAGACAGAGACGCCGGACGGGUCCUUGGACCGCAGGUGGGGGGCGGAGGCUGGCCCUGGCUGGGCCCCGCGGGCACGCGGCGGGAGGAGGCGGUGGGGGCACAGUAAACGCGUCUGCGCCGCAGGCCCUGCCUCAGGCCUGGGGACCCCGGUGUCAUCCUGACGCUCGCCAUGAUUCCCGUGGAGGCCUUAGAGGGCGCAUGGCAAGCACACAUUUCUCUAGAGAGGCCUGGAGGGAUCAUUCCUGGCAUCAUUAGCACGGAGCAGGGACCCUCUCAAGGAGCACCCCUGACACCAAUCCCUGUGGGCAUCCAGCUGUGGGACCCCCAUGUCUGUAAAGGUCCUGCUGGGAGGCACUCAUAAACCAGCUGGGGGUACCCUCGAUCCUCAGCUCUUGUGGGAGCCCAGCUGCAGAGUCCCCCUGACCAACAUCGUGCAGUGGCCCUGCUAGGGGUACCCCAUCCCUGAUCCUCGUAAGGGUCCUGCUGAGUACACCCCAGUCAUCAGAGCUCCAGGAGAACGCUCAUCCUUGGCUGGCACCAGAGCUUAAGUCUCUGAUUUACUCAUCCUUUGGGCUUUCUGCAGGUGCUGGAGGCCCCCAUCUUUGGAUGGCAGACUAUUCCCUGGCCACACCUGUGAGUGGCCCACUGCAGGACCAACCACCCCACUCCUCCCCAGGCUGUGGAGUUGCUGCCUGCAGGCUGAGCCAGGGUGGGAUCCAGCCAUCUCCAUGCUGGUCCUGCAUUUGCUGCCUUACACACCUGGCUGGGGCUUGGGCUUGAAGGGGGAGGUGUGGCCUGGCCAGGACUGGGGAGAGACAGACAGGGCCUGAGCCUCAAAGACUGGCUCCCACUUGGGUCCUGAGUAUCAACUUGCAAUGGGGCCUCGACUUCCCCUAUGGCUAGUGGCCUCUGGGAUUCGCCUAAUAUGCUGAGGGGCAGCUGUGGUCACUGAGGCUCAAAGAGGCCAAGGUUGCCCACUGGGUCAGCCAGUGUCGUGUGAUUUUGGGUGAGGGGUCGCUCCUGGACAUCCCUGGCCCCUCUCCUUAGCCACUAGAGCCCUCAUCACCCCCAUCUCCACUCGUUAAAUACUCAGCGUCGGUUACUUCAUCUCCUCCAGGGCUCCGUCAGCAUUUUGUGGCAACCCUGCUGUACGCCAGGGUGAAUGAAGCCUCAGCCCUCCCUCAGCAGGGAGAGUGGUCCUCCUCUCAGAAGCCUUCCUGGGUUAGUCACAGUGGGGUAGAUAGCAGCCACCUUCUGCACAAACUGAACAUGGACUUUCUGUCACCCCCCAGGCCCUGGAGCCCCGAGUCUGCCUCACUUCACCCCAGGUUGGGAUGCUGUGUGUGGCAGGUGGGCAUCCAGCAUUUUCCAGACAGAAAUGUGACUUCUUUGGGGCUAGAGGCUCCUGUUUGAUUUGUUUACGUGUGUGUCCUCAGCACCUGGCAUACAGUGGGUGCCAAGUACUUUUGUAGGGAGUGACAGCAUUGCCGGUAAUCAAGAAGCAACCCAGGAAUGUCUGCGGGCAUCCUAGGUUCACCCGGCUCCCAGCCACCUUGACCUAGGCAUGUCAGCGGAGCUCCUUCUGAUGGGAGCCGCUGCUUCCAGGUGGGAAGCAGGAGGAGGAACGUCAGGGUGUCCUAGGGAGUGUCUUCCUGGACCAGUUCUUGUCCCACUUGGGGCCCAUGACAGGUACAGGGGCCAGGACCAGUGUGCUGGGUCACUGGGCAGGCACAGCCCAGCCUGACAGGGAGGAGACCUGGUCAGGCAGGAGCAGGAUUGACUGGUGGUCUGUAUUGGUUUUCCCCGGCUGCUGCAACAAAUUACCACCAAAUCAGGUCCUUAGAAUGGCACGUGUUAGUUAUCUUACAGUUCUGCGGGCCAAGGGUGUUGAAAUCAGUUUCACCAGGCUAAAGUGGAGGUGUCCGCAGGGCGAGUUCCUUCUGGCUGCUCUGAGAGAGGAUUUCCUUAGCUUUUCUAGCUUUUCUAUCUGCAUUCCUUGGCUUCCUCCUCUGUCUUGAGAGGCAACAGUGUAGCCUCUUUCAAUCUCUUCCUGACUCUCCUGCCUCCCUCUUUCACUUAUAAGGACACUGGGAUUGCACUGAGCCCACCCAGAUAAUCCAGGAUAACCUCUCCAACUCAAUAUCCUUAAUUUAAUCACAUCUGCAAAGUCCAUUUUGCCAUGUGAGGUAACAGAUUCACAUAUUCCAGGGAUUAGGAUCUGGAUACCUUUGGGGGCCGUGACUAGGCUUACCAGAGGGUCUCCAAUAUGCCCCUCCUCAUCCCUUCCCUCCUCCACCCCAGGCUGGGAGAAUUACGGUGAGGGAGUAGAACUGGCAGGGAUGGGCCCAGCCAGGGGGGUCAGAAGGGGCCCUUGGCUGGUGGUGCACAGAAGAGAAAGAUGAUACUUUCUGCCUGAGGGUGUUCAAGGAAGGCUGCCUGGAGGAAGAGGCCUCGGGACUGUAUCUUUAAGGAUGCUAAGGGGUAACGCCAGCUGGCAUCGAGGCAGGGGGCCCUAAGCAGGGAGCUGGCAGCUGAGGGCAGUGGGCAGGGCUGGCUCCUCCCUGUCCUAACGUGCUUCCUCCUCGGGACUGUGGGGAAGGGUUGCUUCUCCACCCUCCCAGCUGGGAGCCUGAGACCUGUCUCUCUUCCCGUAAAAUGUAGCCUACCUCGAUAUCUGCCCGCCCACUGCCCACGAACAAAGGGGCUGCCUGAAACCACCCCGGGGCCAGGAUCACAGGGGACUCCUCCCGACACUUGCCUACCAGCCUCUGUGGCCACCUGGAGCUGUGCUCUCCCGGCCCUCCCUCUGCCCACCCCAUCCCUGCCGGACGCACCCCCCACGCAUCUGCCCCAGACUUGCUCCUCCUUCCACUGGUCCCAAUGCCUGUGAACACCCAAAGUGUGGGAGUUAGCUUCAGUGCCUGGCAUGGGUGCCCAGGGACGCCUUUACUGGCCAGACUUUGGUUCUCGCUUCUCUA